UGUCUGUGGAUAUCUGUCUGAGCUAUUUACACCCACUCACAGGCUUUUCUCUGCCAAGAUUGGCACCAAACAACCCACCAGCUGCAUAUUAACUGCUCAUCCUUCACUGUGCAGCAGCAACCACAGUUUCCUUUGUUUAAACGGAAGACCAAGCGAGAAGCAGGUGCAUGCAAAAAAGAAACGCCAGAAGGAUGAUGAGCCCUUGGUUUGCAGCAAAUAUUGUACAGGAAGUUCUUCACUGAAGCUGAGGUCAGAAAACAAAAACGUGUGGAAAAGGACCUAGAAGAGGAACCAAAGACGGGGAUUCAAUUGUUAACUUGAAUUAGAAUCAGAAGCAUCUCCGUUUUGAGUGAUGCAUUUCUGGCUUUGCAUCAGUCCUUUUUAAGGAUCAAAUAAUUUUACAUUAAAAUCUAAAAAACUAGAAUCUCUUAUAAUCCAUAUUUAAAUUUCUCUCGUUUGGGACUACAAUUACAUAAAAUAUUUUUUUCUUAAACUCUUUCACCAUGGAUCUGCUCCCCCCUUCAACAAGUGAAAACAUCUCGACAAGGACGGGCGGGCGAUUCACAGUCCGUUCAGCUAACUCUCCUUCAUACAGUCUCAAUCGCAGAUCAGGCUUUAGAAAGAGACCCUUACCUGACAAUGUUGAAAGCAACAAUGAUACAGCCAUUAACAAAGAUGUAGUUGGUACGACCCACACAGAGUUGAGCAAGAAAGACAGAUCAGAGAGAAAACACACAGAAAAUGGCACUGAUGUAGGAACCCAGCUAUUCAUUAGCCGGGAAAGCACAGAGGGAAGGAGAGGCAACCUAAAAUCCAAACAUUUGAGUUUAGACAGGGGAUUGGAUUUAGGAAGCUCCCCACUCAACGUUAGAGAUGGUAUGUCAAAUUUAUUAGGUAAAAGAGAAGCUGGAGAUUUUGAGAAACAAAACAAGGACAUUGAGAACAUAUCAAGAGGGACGAGUUCCUCUUUAAAGGGUUUUAAGACUGAAAGUCCAAGUUAUAUUAAAGGAAAAAGCUCAUAUAAUAAAGAUUUUGCUGGAGGAACCAGUAAGGUCAACUCACUUCCUUUCAGGUUUAGGACUGAGUCCGUCCCAAGCUCAAGGUUCACGGAUGAUUCUUUGGGGUCUGAGGGUGGACAGAGCAUACAAGAGCGCAUUCAGAAACUCUUUGAGUCUGCUGGUGAGACGACGGUUGGGGGAACUUUUCCGAGGCGGUUCUCAUCCGGCGAAGUCUGCAGUCCGGUGCGUAAAACAGUGCCAUCCUUCUUGGCUCAAAAGGAAACAAACCGUACAAGGUCAGAGACCGUCGCUUCUCCUCAUGCAGUUCAGCUCAAAGAGAGAUCAACAGGAACACAGUGGCAAGGAGAGUUUAAAAGCAACUAUUUAGAGGAUGAUAAGAAGAGGAGGGAGAAAAUGGAAAUGGGCACAAAGUCCUUGGACAGAGGCAGGAGUAGGAACACGAUUGCUGCUAAUCUUAGAUCUCUCAGGGCUGCAGAAAGUAUGGCAAAGUCCCAAACAUUUAUAGGAGAUACUUCAUCCAUUUUUCAACAGAAAAAGGGAAACAUAAACCAAGAGGACUGCAGAGCAGACACAAGAGAAAGAAUGAAAGUGCGAGAGAGCAACAUAGAAAGAGAUGAAGAAACAAAAGCACAAACUGGGCUGAAAAGCGUUACAGCAGAAGAUGAUGUGUUUGAUGAAGGUCCACGGAAGGGUACCCUGCAAUUGACGGAAAGGAAAAGGCUGACAGAGAUUCUGUCUGUCCCCUCCUCAACCAGCGUGAGAAAUAAAAUCAAUCAGUUCGAAGCUCUUACACAGAGAGCAACAAGCCAAGUCCAAGCCUCAAGGCGGCUUUUUUCCGCACCAGCAAAUCCCUUUGAGACCCAAGAGAGAAUAAAGAGGAGAGGGUCUGCAAUAAAAAAUAUUGAUGAGCAAAGCUAUAAGCAGGAGGAGAAGAGAGAUGAAAAAGAGGAAGAAAAAAAGAAGCCAGCAUCCGAGAGGUCUUUGUCAGUGGAUGAGGUUAUAAUCAGAUUAGGGAAGUUAGAAACUGAUGGAGUUCAUUUAUUAGACAAGAGAAAAAAUGACUUUUCUGAGGAUAUAAGUAAAUAUUCUAUCCCCAAGAAGAAUCUACACAUUCCUCUUGAUGAGGAAACUCGAAGGCACUCAAAACUGUUUUGCUUUGAUGAGACAGAUUUAGUCAAACAUUUAAGCCCUGAGGACUCAAACAUAAAAAAUAUGACAACUAAAGUGCAGCCAAGGCCACCAAGUGAAAUUUCUUCACCAGUUAGUGAAGAUGAACAGACCCCAACAAACACCCCCCUGAACACCUCCCCUUUUCUUUCACCUGUGUCAGAGCCAGAGAAUACCUUUCCUGUUGCAGAUAACGCAACCCUUCCUGUUUUUGGAAAAAAAGUCAAAACUAAAGAUACAGACUCUACUCUUCUCCCCGCCAUCACAACUCUUUCCCAAAACAACAAGUCAGAUGUCUUCAUAACACACAAAGACAAAACUCAAGAUAAGGUUUCUACAGAUCUUCCCACUCAGACUUCUUCUCAAGACUGGUCAGAUGUCUUCUAUCCGGAUGUUAAAAACGAUUUACCAAAAGGAAGGAAACGGCUUGCAGAUCUGAACGCGUGGAUUGCUGGUCUGAACCCAGAGGAUAAUAGCUGGAAUGAUUUCAUUGGGGAGUAUGAGGAUGAUGAAAGCACACAGAAGGAUGAUGAUUCAAACUAUGACUCAGACUCAGGAGAAUCCUCUGUGACCAUAACCAGCAACAUGAGUCAGUCAGAACACAAGAGUUUCAGUCUCAGUUUUUCAGACUUGGUCAUCAUCUCUGGUACUGACUACGAAUCGGAAAAUGACAUGGAGGAUUGGCAGCUGUCAGGCCGAAGAUCCGUCUCAUUAAGCUCAGAUAUCUCUACCUUUUCCUGUGUCUCUCUGCUUCCCACUGAGGAGAUAGACAAACUGGUAGAGGAUGUCAAAAACCUGGGGGAUGAAACCUUGCAGGACUAUGACGAUGUGCAGGUGGUGGUUCUUCACAAGGAGGUCGGCGUAGGGCUAGGUUUCAGUCUGGCAGGAGGCGUGGACCAAAAUAAACCAAUCACUGUUCGCAAGGUUUUUAACUCAGGUGUUGCAGCCCAGGAGGGCUCUAUUAGGGAGGGAGAUCGUGUUUUGUCCAUUAAUGGUACUGCUCUGUCAGAAACUGGUCACUGGCAGGCUGUGAAGAUCCUUAGAAAGGCCAAAGAUCGAGAAAUGGCGGUGGUGGUCUUGAGGAAAGGUGACCUGAGUGGCGGCUCAAAGUUAGAAGUGCAAGGAAAUAAUGAGAUGGCAACAACAACUCAGUAUGAGACAGGCCAGCGUGUGUGCGUCCAACUACAGAAGAACAGCAGGGAUCUGGGUUUUAGCCUGUUUGGAGGUGUAGGAUCCAGUGAAGGGAACAGACCACUGACUGUGAAGACAAUCUUUCCAGGGGGACCUGCUGACAAAGUGUUCCCCGGUGAUGAGAUUUUAGAAAUUCAAGGCACCAGCGUGGUGAGGAUGAGACGUCCGGAGGUGUUGGCUUUCAUCAAAAAUCUCUCCUCGGGGCCGGUGGAAGUGGUGCUGCAACGCCCGCUUAAAGUUACAGAGUUAUGAAGAUUGUCCUGAUGCCUCACUUGUUGGCAAUUCAAAGAAUGCUGAUCAACCAGGAACUGUGAGCUUUUUCAUUUGAGGACAUCAGCUACUGCCAAAAAAUAGCUCUAGCUUUCCAUUGAGGAGCCAGUCAUUAUGACAGUGUUUGCAAAAGUAAGCCUAAAAAACAGGUCAAAGGUGUAAAUUUUUCCUAUGUUUCUCUUUUUGUGUGAAAUGGUUAGAUCUACCUCAAAACCUGGUAUUUUUUGUGUUUUAAACAGUUUUAACCUGUUUUAAAUGUAUAAAGGCAACUAACAUAACAGCACAUUUUGUAAAUGCAAAAGUUUGGGCACUUAGAAAACUAUGACACUUUGUAUUUUACUGUAAAUAACCGUUUUUAGUUUUUGUAUGUAAUUUUAUUAAGUUUGAUUUAACCCUGUAUUUUUACUUUUACAAGAGAGAAACGUUCUGUUUAUUUUUUGUUGAUUUGU